CACUUCCUUCGGCUCUAGUGGCUCAACGGACCGUUCGAGUGGAUCUCGGCCGGGCCGCAGGAUGAAGGCUGGGAAGAGCGAGCGGGAGCGAAGCGGCCGGCGGCGACACCGGACAGGCGACGCGUUGGCGACCGUGGUGGUGAAGCAGGAACGCCUGAGUCCCGAACCCACGGCCCACCGCCGGCCAGACGCCCCAGCUGCCAGCCCGUCCCCGCCCGCCGCCGAACCCGGGCGGACCAGCCACCACGGGAGCCGAGCCCGGUCCCCAGCGAAAAAGAAAAGCAAGUCCUCAGGGAGAAGAAGCAAGUCUCCUCGGACUAAGAGAAGCCGGAGUCCUCACUACUCCACGGUCAAAGUGAGUGAGGAACGUGAGGACCAUGCACGGAGAGGACGAGAGGAUCGCCAGCACCGGGAGCCAUCAGAACAGGAGCACAGGAGAGCCCGGAACAGUGAGCGAGACCGGCACCGGGGCCAUUCCCGCCAAAGGAGGAGCUCUGAUGAGAAGAAGCCUGUCAGUGGGCAGGGCCGGGAUAGAGACAGCCAGAACCUCCAGGCCCAGGAAGAAGAGAGGGACUUUUAUAAUGCCAGGCGCCGGGAGCAUCGCCAGCACAAUGAACGUGCUGGCAGUGAGGCCCAGGAGGUGAUCCCUCGCCCUGCUGCUAACAGAAGCAAAGAGGUGCCUGUUAAAGAAAAACAAAGCUUUGAACUUUCUGGGGCACUUCUUGAGGACACCAAUACCUUCCGGGGUGUGGUUAUUAAAUACAGUGAGCCCCCAGAAGCCCGGAUCCCCAAAAAACGGUGGCGUCUCUACCCCUUUAAAAAUGAUGAAGUCCUUCCUGUCAUGUACAUCCAUCGGCAGAGUGCUUACCUCCUGGGUCGGCAUCGCCGCAUUGCCGACAUCCCCAUCGACCACCCCUCUUGCUCAAAGCAGCAUGCAGUCUUCCAGUACCGGCUUGUGGAGUACACCCGUGCUGACGGCACCGUUGGUCGGAGAGUGAAGCCCUACAUCAUCGACCUCAGCUCUGGCAACGGAACCUUCCUGAACAACAAGCGUAUCGAGCCGCAGAGAUACUAUGAACUGAAGGAGAAAGACGUCCUUAAAUUUGGCUUCAGUAGCAGAGAAUACGUCUUGCUCCAUGAGUCCUCAGACACCUCUGAACUAGACAGGAAGGAGGAUGAAGAUGAGGAGGAGGAGGAAAUGGUGUCUGACAGCUAGCAGCCGAGAAGCAGCCUCCGCUGUUAGCAACCACUCCCGCCGGAGGCGGUGGAGGUGACUCCAGCGCCUCCUCUUGCCUUAAGUCUUUCCUCUGUUGCUGCCCAGCUUGUGUUGCAGUAUGAGAACUCUCACUUCAUGUUUUGUGGAACUUGGCAUGGCAGCUGCCUGCCUGUGGGCGCUUGUUUCCUGAACAGUCUCACCAAUUACAGCGUGUGGAGUUUGGUCAAAGUGUGGCUGUAGUGGUGCCUUCAGAACUGCUGCCCAGGAAACGGCUCUUGGAAAAGGGAUUGUGGCUUCUUCUUUGUACAGUUUCUUAUUUAUAUAGUCGUUGAGCUUUGUGGACCAAGA